GAACAGAAAGAAAAAAAAACCCAACAACGGGCGUCACGUUUUUUGAGAGCCACACACACAUUAAUUAGUUAGCAACAUUGCUUUUUCAUUUUCACUUUGAAUUCAACGUUGUAAGACAAGACAACACCUGUGGAUAUGUUGAGGAAGAAGACGGAGCUGAAAACAGAAGGUUUCACCGUGAGGUCCACCAUGAAGAACUCCGUGGUGGUGGGUCCCCCAGCUGCGGGGGCUUUUCGAGAGCGACCUUCCAAACCGACCACUUUUCGCAAGUUCUAUGAGCGUGGAGAGUUCCCGAUGGCACUGGAGCAUGAUGCCAAAGGAAACCGCAUUGCAUGGAAGAGCAUCACAGAGUUCAGAGGCAUCCCCAGAAAAACACCACAGCAGAGCUCCCAGGUGGAAAUUGAGAAGCUGGACUACCACCACUACCUGCCUCUGUUUUUCGAUGGCUUAUGUGAAACCAUGCAUCCGUACGAGCUCUUUGCUCGCCAAGGAGUCUAUGACAUGCUGGAGCACGGAGGCCCCAAGAUCCAGCCUGUCAUUCCCCAGCUCAUCAUACCCAUCAAGAGUGCCCUGAACACAAGGAACCGUCAGGUCAUCUGCACCACCCUGAAAGUCCUGCAGCAUCUGGUGAUGUCUGGUGACAUGGUGGGCGAGUCUCUGGUGCCCUACUACAGACAGAUCCUUCCUAUUCUCAACAUCUUCAAGAACAUGAACAUCAACUCUGGAGAUGGCAUCGAUUACAGCCAGCAGAAGAGAGAGAACAUCGGCGACCUCAUCCAGGAGACUCUGGAGGUGUUUGAGCGCUACGGUGGAGAGGAUGCCUUCAUAAACAUCAAAUACAUGGUGCCCACCUACGAGUCCUGCAUGAUCACAUGAGGGGCAGGGCGUCACGCUGACAUUGCACAGACUCUUUACUUUACCUCUUUAUCAGUCCACCUCCCCUAAUCUUAGCUCGACACCCCACUGAGACCCGGCGCUCCUUCCUGUGCUCAAAACACUCUCCUCCCACCUUUAUAUCCCAAAACCCUUCAUAGAUUCAUAAUAGCGAGUCAUGAGGUAUUUUGUCUCUGUAUCUGUGCAUUCAUCACUUGAUAAAAGCAGUACAAGCGUGACAGCACAUUUGCCUUAUUAAAUAUGUUUAAUAUGUUA